GUCGCUGGUGCCUUUAAAAUUGAACCCGACCUAGGCGAGAUUUCUGUUGGUCGAUCGCUUGGACGUCUUGCGAAUGGCAAUCAUUCUUUUGAAGUUUCGGCCACUAAUGGUCUUCACACAGUCGCUGGUGCCUUUAAAAUUGAACCCGACAUAGGCGAGAUUUCUGUGGGUCGAUCGCUUGGACGUCUUGCAAAUGGCAAUCACUCUUUUGAAGUUUCGGCCACUAAUGGUCUUCACACAGCCCAAACUGUCGUAACAGUUCGUUUGGACACUCGUAAAAAUAGGAAUGAAGCAGUGCCUCGAUUUGAAAAAAGUCGCUACGUUUUCCGCAUUGAGGAAAACAGACCUCCUUCUGUCGUCGGAGUAGUGAGAGCCUAUCACGUAGCGCUCUCCUCGAGGGAUGUCUCGUUACGUUACGAACUCAUCAACGAUUAUGGAAAUCCCACACCUCCUUUCCGCGUUCAUGGGAUAUCAGGUGAAGUGACAAGUGAAACGACUUUAGACCAUGAAGAAAACAAGAACUAUGAAUUCAAGAUCCGCGCUUGCCUCUCCGUAAAUCCGACGAACUAUGUAUUCGGCAUUGAUUAUCAUACCGGUGUAGUGCAAACAAUUGCUUCGCUAAGUGAAUCGCUGUACGAGCUCAACGUUGAGGCCUUUGAUCAUGGAGAUCCAAAGCGAACGGAGGUUAUGAAGCUGAUCAUCUCCGUACAUGGAACUAAUCCGUCAGCUCCUGUUUUUGAGCAGAAAAGAUACGAAGUUACGGUGAUUUCCCCAGUCCGAGCUGGCGCCGUUGUUGCUGAGGUACAUGCGAAGGACCCUGAUCCGGGGCCAGAGGGUCAGACAGGAGUUGUUUCUGCGCUUGAACAUUUGACUGCAAACGAUGGACCAUUUGAUCUAGUAAUAAUUGCAGAAGAUCAGAGCAGCAUUUUCAAAAGAAAAAAACGAUACGAAGUUACGGUGACUUCCCCAGUCCGAGCUGGCGCCGUUGUUGCUGAGGUGCAUGCGAAAGACCCUGAUCCAGGGCCAGAAGGUCAGACAUCUGCUAUUCUUCAUAUCGACAUCAUAGGUGACAUGUCGUUAAAAUUUUUCCCCUUACCUUCCACCAUCUACAUUUCAACAGAGAAGGCGGUUGGAAGUGUUGUCCUAAGGGCUUCCGCUUUCACAAGUACUUCGAUGCCAGUCCACUUCCGUAUUCUCGAGAAUGACGCACCAUUCGUGAUGGAUGGAGAUCUGCUCAGAGUAGCUUCGCAUUUGUCUGCUGGUGAGACAAAUCUUACUGUGCGGGCAGAAACCGAAAAUGCUCAUUCGGAUCACCGGCUGAAGGUUGUGGUGAUGUUUGAUAGAGAUAAGUAUCCUGUCUUCCCGCAGCUCACCUAUGAUAUCGACAUCCCAAUAGAUUCUAUGUUCCCGCUAAUUGCCCACCGAUUUGAUGCUCAUCUCUUGAACGGCACCCUUAGGUAUCGCUUCUUCCCAGAUGGCACAGCUCCUCAAGGUCUUCAUAUUCAUCCUAAUACGGGUGAACUAUCCGUCACUUCCGACUACGUUAAUACUCCGUCAAAUCACGAUACUCAGUUUGUCGUUGUUCGAGCAGUAAAUCUAAACUUCCCAGAGUUUUAUUCAGACGUUGGGGUGGCUAUCAGUCUGGUCUCCAGCAAAACAAUUCGCUUUUCUCAAACCAUCUACCGAAUGCAACUCACGGAAAACACUCCUAUUGGAACAGCGCUUUUCCCACCAAUUGAGGUAGCUUCACAUUUGUCUGCUGGUGAGACAAAUCUUACUGUGCGGGCAGAAACCGAAAAUGCUCAUUCGGAUCACCGACUGAAGGUUGUGGUGAUGUUUGAUAGAGAUAAGUAUCCUGUCUUCCCGCAGCUCACCUAUGAUAUCGACAUCCCAAUAGAUUCCAUGUUCCCGCUGAUUGCACACCGAUUUGAUGCACAUCUCUUGAACGGCACACUUAGGUACCGCUUCUUUCCAGAUGGCACAGCUCCUCAGGGUCUUCACAUUCAUCCUAAUACGGGUGAACUAUCCGUCACUUCUGACUACGUUAACACUCCGUCAAAUCACGACACUCAGUUUGUCGUUGUUCGAGCAGUAAAUCUAAACUUCCCAGAAUUUUAUUCAGACGUUGGGGUGGCUAUCAGUCUGGUCUCCAGCAAAACAAUUCGGUUUUCUCAAACCAUUUACCGAAUGCAACUCACAGAAAACACUCCUAUUGGAACAGCGCUUUUCCCACCAAUUGAGGUUUUCCCAAAGUCAUCCGGUGUGACCUAUUCUAUCAAUCCUCCCACACCUCUUAGCAUUCUACCGAAUGGAACCUUGGUAGUUAAUUCCGCGAUUGAUUUGGAAACGCUGUCAGUGGACUCAAGUGGAAGUCUCCAUUUCGUGGUCACUGCUGCAUCGGGAAGUACUGAAGCGUCCACGAAGCUUCAGCUGAAAAUCAAAGAUCUGAAUGAGUUUGCGCCGCAGUUCGAAAGUGCACUCUAUGAAGCGUCAAUUGAUGAAGACGCCAUUCCUGGAAGUGUGAUUACGCAAGUACGAGCAACUGACGCAGACAAAACGGAAGGAACACAUCUUUUGUAUAGAAUUGCUGGUGGUUAG